AUGUACCAAGGUUUGCAUCCAAAAACUCCAGAGAAUACGCCCACACCAUCUUACCUGUCAUUAAACUCACAACACCAUGAAAUAAAACCAUCACAUGUGUACAAUAUUCUUCCUCCAAAUGUGUUUAUUAAUUCUUACACAAACUAUCAAGGAAAUAGUCAUGCAACCUUGCCCGAAAGACAUACCACAAGCUUUUUAGUGCCGCCUUAUCCACCACCUAAUUUUCAAAAUAACUCAUUUGCCCAAACUAAUGGACGUUUCCUGCAUAGCAAGGAUGGAGGUUCUCCAAAUCCAUUUCUGUUCAAUGUGCAAUAUAAUAGUAUUCCACCGAAAGAAACAUUUGGUGACAUUCCAAAAUUAAAUGAGGCCAGUGUAAUUAAACCAGAAGCAAACAUGGCAUUAACAAAAACAUUGUGGAUUGAGAGUUUACUUCCUAAAGAUUGUGAGCAGAAAGCAAAAAGGCCUCCCAAAAAGUUAAUAAAGGCAAGU